ACUUGGAUUUCCCUUCAGGCAGUUCCUGACGUGCGCCAGUGUCACGAGCUAGUAGAGUUCGUUGUUUAUGGAAUAACGACCAAAUACGAAACAGGACCUGACCAGCACAAGGGACGAUUGGGGAAAAACACCAAAAUAUGUGGUGUAAGUCUCCUUUGGGUGCGGAAAAUGCCAAACGUUGUUAUGACGGCUCAUCCAUCAAAUGGUGGAACUGUGACACAAGUGGACAGCAUCCAGCAUUUGCCCAGUCCUCCCCAUCCUCCCACUGUGGAUGGUGCUAGUGAAAGUGGACACGAUGUGGAAGUAGUUAAAGAAAGGACCCCCCAAGGUGGUGAAUGGCUCCUGUCUGGGAUAAUUUGCAUCAACAUCCUGAUGCUUGGCUGUGCUCUGGUCAGCAGCAGCGCCUUCAAUGUUGUGGCCAUAACACCAGUGCACCGGCAAAUCUUCCUCAUCACCCUCCUCGUCCUUACUAUGUUGUGGAUGCUGUUUUACAUGGUCGUCACCUCCCGAAAGGAUCGUGCAGUCUUAUUUAAAGAUCGCCAUGCUGGGCCUGUGUGGCUCAAGGCUGGGCUUGUGCUGUUUGGCCUCCUUAGUUUCCUCAUGGACAUCUUCAAGAUUGCCACUUAUGUGGGCUACCUUCACUGUGAUUCUCCUGUUAAAGUAGCCUACCCCAUUGUGCAAGCUGUGUUUUUAUUUUUCCAGACCUACUUCCUGUGGUUUCAUUCAAGGGACUGCGUGCAGCUACACACCAGCUUAACACGAUGUGGGCUUACUCUUACACUUUCAACUAACCUGGUGGUGUGGAUGGCAGCAGUGACUGAGGAGUCAAUUCACCAAACUGAGAUAACUCAUCUGAAUAUAAGUGUCUCGCACAAGUUGUACAGAGCCAACUACGGUGCCAAGAAGUGCACAUGCAGUCAUAUGGCAUGUGAGACCUUCAAAGAGGCCUUCUACUACCUGUACCCCUUCAACAUAGAAUACAGCCUCUUUGCUUCUGCCAUGACCUACAUAAUGUGGAAAAAUGUGGGCAGAAUUGUUGAGCAUCACAAGCACUACAAAUUUAACUUCUAUGUGAAAGAUGUUUUCGUAGGGCCUGUAGCAGGACUGCUCCUGGUGGUGGCAGGACUUGUUACAUUUGUACUGUACAAGAUUAACAUACUCAAAGAAGACAAGGAUAAACGAAAUAAGGCCCUGCUGAUUCAUUUCAUUAUGAACAUAGUGAUUGUUAGCUUGAUGUCCCUCUCCACUAUGAUUGGCUGCAUUAUUUACAGACUGGACCGCAGGGAAUAUGUAUCAGACAAAAACCCCACUCGCAGCCUGGACGUGGGGCUACUGGUGGCAUCCUCUUUGGGGCAAUUCAUCAUUAGCUAUUUCAGCCUUGUGGCUACAGUGGCGACGGGAGCCCAGGGUUACCUAAAUGUGCUCAACCUGGCCUGGGCUGUGGUAUUGGUGGUUGAGAUUGGCCUGCAGAACUAUUUCAUCAUUGAAGGCCUCCAUCGGGAGCCCAUCAAUGUAAUGCCGGCAAAUGCCCGUGCUUUUCAAGACCACGCUGAAAUGGCCAAUGACGUGGAGGGUCAAAUAUCAAGAUACUCAAUUUCUAAAAAGCCAAGUUGGAAAAGGAGAGUUCUGAGGGAAGUGUGCGCCUUUUUGCUCCUGGCAAACAUAAUUCUAUGGAUCAUGCCUGCAUUUGGGGCUCGUCCCCAGUUCGACCACUCCGCUGAGAUAUACUUUUACAAUUACACAAUGUGGAACGCAAUUGUGAAUAUUGGACUUCCUUUUGGAAUCUUCUAUCGCAUGCACGCUGUGGCCAGUCUCUUUGAAGUUUAUCUAAGAGAUUGACUAAUCUCGUAAUCAUUAUUUUGAUUUAGGUGUAUAAAAAGUGAACAAUUUUAUGUAUCAAAACAUUUAACAUGUUAUUUAA